UUAAACAUAAAAACAGACACUGUAAUAUAUUUCUCUUUCAGAUACGCGUUUGUGUUUUUUGCCCAAACCUAAGCCUCAGAACCAAAAAAAACAAGCUAGGGUUCAUAAUCGCGCUUCAAUCUUCUCUCCUCUUUCUGUAAUUGGAAUGGGGUUUUGAUUUCAUAAUUUUACUGAGAGUUGACAUUUUUGAAAUUGUGACUGUUGGAGUGAGAGUGAUAAUACAUUUAGGGACUCAAUCAUGGAGAUACAGACUUCUGGCAGGCCAAUUGAGUCCUUGCUAGAGAAAGUCCUUUGCAUGAACAUUCUGUCAUCUGAUUAUUUCAAGGAGCUUUAUCGAUUAAAAACGUAUCAUGAAGUUAUUGAUGAGAUAUACAAUCAAGUUGAUCAUGUGGAACCAUGGAUGACGGGGAACUGUCGCGGUCCUUCAACUGCUUUCUGUCUUCUUUACAAGUUUUUCACGAUGAAGCUGACUGUCAAGCAGAUGCACGGGCUACUGAAGCAUCCGGAUUCUCCUUACAUAAGAGCGGUCGGAUUUCUCUAUCUGAGAUAUUAUGCUGAUCCGAAGACUCUGUGGAGCUGGUUUGAGCCAUAUGCAAAAGAUGAUGAGGAAUUUUCUCCUGGAUCUAAUGGACGGAUGACUACAAUGGGUGUAUAUAUCCGUGAUUUGCUCCUUGGACAGUACUACUUCGACACACUUUUCCCUCGCAUCCCAGUUCCUGUAAUGCGUCAGGUUGUGGCAAAUCUGGAAAAGAUGAAGCUCCCUACUACACAUUGUGGUACAACAGGGGAAACCACCCGUCACGGUUCUGAUGACACUGCUCGUAGACCACCUUCUGUGAAAGCCGCCCUUUCAGUCUCUUUUGGCCAGCGUGCGCCACAUCGAGCCUCCACAAGGGAUUCUUCGCCCAUUCGUCGUACAGUACCUCUUCCUCAUGAAAAAAAUGGCACCGAUGACAUAAGAAGAUCUCCUAGUAAUCAUCGCAGUCAGAGCCGUGAAUAUCCUGAAAGGGAUAGGGACAGGGAGCGGUCACGCUCCAGGGACCGGGACCGAGAAAGGGACAGGGACCGUGAAAGGGACCGGGAACGUGAUAGGGACAGAUAUUAUGACCGGGAUAGAAACAAGGACCGUGAUGCUGAAAGAUACAGGGAUCGUGACCGGGAUAGAGAUUAUGAGAGGGACAGAACCAGGAGGGAUAGGGACCGAGAAAGGAGUUAUGAUUAUGAUAAGAGGUCUAAGUAUGCAGAGAGAGAAAGUAGCCGAGAUUAUGACAAUAUUGGCAAUGGCAGUAGGCACCAUCGUAGUAGGAGUCGGAGUAGAAGUAGGAGCAGGAGCCGAAGUCAGAGCCAACUUGGCACCACACGAUACGACUCACGUUCUAGUCCACAAAGAGAUGGAAGUAAGAAGACUUCUGCAUCAAGUAAUCUAGCUAAACUUAAAGAUUUGUACGGUGAUUUAGGUGAUAGUAAAGGAGCUGCCAACAUGGAAAGAAUUCCUAGAAGGGAUAAUAGUGGGGAAGAGGUUAUUAGACUUGGUGGCUCUUCUUGGAAGUAUUGAGAGAUAUCACAGAAUGCUUGUAUCAGAUGUCAGAUAACUGUUUCAUUGGAAAAAGCAUAUUGGAUUUUUCCUUUUCAUUGCCUUUUUCACUUGGUUGAUACAAGUUAUAGGCCGAUGAAUGCUAUUUACAUUAGCAUUUAUAGAUAAUGUAUACUAAAAUUUAUUUCUGGUA